AUGAAGAAGGCAUCGGCCAAGAAGGCCAGGGGCAAGAAGAAAGUAGUCACCAAGAGAGAGCGCGCUGCUUCUGGGGCAACGAAGAGGAGAAGCGCUGGAACCAAACUUGAGCCGACCUGCGCCAUAUGCCAGAAGGGGGCGCACUACUCAAGCACGUGCCCCUUGCUAGCGCAGAAGCUGCUGGCCGCUGUCCGGAAAGCCGCGAACACCAAGCAGAUUGCUGAGUACUUGGCUGCCAACGACAAGGCGUUUGUACAGGGCAUGACCGGUAAGCCCCUGAAGACGCUCAAGCGCCGGAGCCGUGGCAAGCCGUGGCACAAGACAACCGCGACAGUGAAGAGCCGCAAAGUGCGCAAGGUGGCGGCCAAGAAGAGCCAUGCCGCGAAGGACAAGCUGAGGAAGCCCAAGCCGGUGAAGCAGAAGGCCAAGCUGCCUGUGACACGGAAGAGCACCGAGGCAGCGUACCGCUCCUUGAAAAGGAGACAGUGGGCCUGGAAGCCUGGGCCGUGUAACGCCUGCGCCGGGGAGCUCGUUCUGCAGAGUUGGAAAUCGUGUCAGUGCCGGGGCUUCGGCCGGCUAUUCUACCGGUGCGAAGACUGCCAAGAGUAUUUUGACGUACUUUCUUUCUCACACCUUAGAGUUUGCCGCAUGCCGCUGGCAUGGAUUUCCAAAGCCGUGGAAAUGCAUUUCCAACAGAGCCCUCCCCAAUCUGCUUCGAACAUUGGCCGUGCCAUUGGCGCCAGUGCUACGCCGGGAGGACCUCUUUGCUCUUUGCUGCACAUUCUGAUGGGCCACGAGAAGCGAUGCGCGGAUGAGUUCCAGCAGACGUGCACGCUGGCUGGCCUGGUGGAGGCCGACGGAACUUCCAUUCGGAGCUUCAAGCAGGGAAGCGCCCUGGUGUACAGGCAGCUGUAUGGCAUGAUUGCAAGGAAGGAUGUGAAGGCUUGGG